AAUCUAAAGCUUUUCGAUUUUGGAGGUAGAGAAAUUGAAAUCCAAUGGAUGAUUUCACAGGAUUGUUAGCGAGAGACUUCGGAUUGAAACCUCAAGGCAAAUCAGCUCCCAUGGCGUCUCAAUCGAACUCUUCUGCCGCUGAUUUCAACAGUUUCGCUUCUUCUUAUAGCUUCGCCAACGCCGCCGGUAAAAAGUCCGAUUCUUUGCCGGUGUUUGACGAUCUUGGUCGAGAUGGUGAUGAUCUUCUCUUCAAAGAUGUGUUUAGCGGACCACCACCAAAGUACGGAUCCUCUUCUGGCGAUUCUCGUUCUCCACCUGCUCCUGCUUUUGACUAUGAUGCUAUGUUUAAGGAACCCAAAUCCAAACCAGCGUCGUCCAUGCCGGUCUAUGACAAGCCUGUGUAUGAUGAUGAGGAUGUGUUUGAGUCUAUUCCUGAGCUCAAAAUCCCAUCCACUUCUUCUCAAUCUGCUAGGUUUGAUGAUGUUUUCUCUUCACCUCCUAAGCACAGGAAACAGAACAGUUCUCCUUUCGAUGAUCUCAUGGGCAACAAUUUGGGGAAGAAAGGGACAGAGAGUGACCGAGAGCACGAGGGUAGCUCCAUUUUUGACGACUUGAUUCCCGGGUUUGGUCGCAAUAGCUCUCCUCCUCCUAAACGGACAACUUCAGAGACAACAGAUCAAUCCCAGAAACCUCUGUAUCAGACUGCCGAGACAUCUUCCAAUGUGGAAGAAGACCCAUUUGUAGUCUUGGAGGAGUCUGCAUCAACCCCUAGAGAACCUUCCACGGGAGGGUUCACUGAUCCAUUGGAGGAUAUUGGUAAAUUCAACAGCAGAAAAACUGAUAAUUCAUCUGUCCACAGAGGUGUGUUUGUUGAUAUUGACCCUCUCGAUAGUCUUGGAAAAUCAGGGCCGGAUAUGAAUAGUAGAGGCAAAAGUCAUUUGAGACCACCAGGAAACAUCAGUGGCUCCCAGUCACCACCAGUAGAAAGUCCUGGGAGUUACCAUUCUAAGAAAGUUUCAUUUGAUGAUGUUUUAGAGCCACAGAAUACGAGUACUCCGCCACCUACCAAUUCAAAUGGAAGUUUUGAGUCAUCUGAUGAUGUGUGGCUUACUGUUUCCGAGAUCCCCCUCUUUACGCAACCUACGAGUGCUCCGCCACCUUCGAGACCUCCACCACCAAGACCUACACGUCCUAUAAAAAAGAAGGUUAACGAGCCUUCUAUACCGGCCUCUACUAACCACUCACACGUUCCUAGCUCAGGUAGAGCUUCUGUAAAUAGCCCGACAGCAUCUCAAAUGGAUGAACUCGACGAUUUUUCUAUUAGCAGAAAUCAGACCGCUGCUAAUGGAUAUCCUGAUCCUCCCUCUGGUGAAGAUUCAGAUGUUUUUUCUGCUGCCGCUGCAUCAGCUGCUGCCAUGAAGGAUGCCAUGGAUAAAGCAGAAGCAAAGUUUAGGCAUGCUAAGGAAAGGAGAGUGAAAGAAAAUUUGAAGGCAAGUAGAAAUAGAGAAGAAGAUCAAACAGAGAAUUAUGAAUCUCGUGAAAGGGAACUUAGAGAAAAGCAAGUGAGAUUGGACCGUGAAAGGGCAGAGAGGGAGGCAGAGAUGGUAAAAGAGCAGGAGAGGGAGAGAGAGGAGAGAGAAAGAGAGCAGAAAAGAAUUGAGAGAGAAAGGGAAAGACUGUUGGCUAGACAGGCUGUAGAGAGGGCUACAAGGGAAGCUCGCGAAAGAGCAGCCACUGAAGCUCAUGCGAAAGUUCAAAGAGCUGCUGUUGGGAAGGCCACCGAUGCCCGUGAGCGCGCCGAAAGAGCAGCAGUUCAAAGAGCCCAUGCUGAAGCACGUGAAAGGGCAGCUGCAGGGGCAAGAGAAAAGGCAGCGAAAGCUGCGGCAGAAGCUAGAGAAAAGGCUGAGAAAGCUGCAGCAGAAGCUAGAGAAAGGGUGAAUGCUGAAGCGCGGGAGAAGGAAGCAAGGGUUAGGGCAGAACGAGCUGCUGUGGAAAGGGCAGCUGCUGAAGCACGUGGAAGGGCAGCUGCCCAAGCUAAAGCUAAGCAGCAGCAAGAAAAUAACAAUGAUCUUGACUCCUUCUUUAGCUCAAUUUCUAGACCAAACAGUGUGCCACGACAGAGAACCAACCCUCUGGAUCCUUUCCAGGAUUCAUGGAACAAAGGAGGAUCUUUCGAAUCUAGCAGGGGAUCUUCGCGAGUGCCUUCUGGCCCAACAGAGAACUUGAGAAAGGCCUCUUCAGUAACAAACAUUGUUGAUGAUCUCAGUUCAAUAUUUGGAGCUUCAGCUACCCAAUCUGGUGGGUUUCAAGAUGUUGAUGGAGAAACUGAAGAGAGACGACGUGCCAGGCUGGAACGCCACCAGAGGACACAGGAGCGGGCUGCGAAAGCACUUGCUGAGAAAAAUGAACGUGAUCUUCAAGUACAAAGAGAACAAGCUGAGAAAGAUAGGAUUGGUGAGACCCUGGAUGUUGAGAUAAGACGUUGGGGUGCAGGGAAGGAGGGAAACUUGCGUGCUCUGCUUUCGACAUUACAAUAUGUUCUUUGGCCAGAAUGCGGUUGGCAGCCUGUUUCAUUGACCGAUUUAAUUACCGGAGCAUCUGUCAAGAAAGUUUACAGGAAGGCUACUCUCUGUAUACAUCCUGACAAAGUUCAGCAAAAAGGAGCCAAUCUCCAGCAGAAAUACAUUGCCGAGAAAGUUUUCGACAUGCUCAAGGAAGCAUGGAACAAGUUCAACUCAGAAGAACUCUUUUGAAAAAAACUGGGAUUAUGUUUUUGAGAGUGUUGUUCAUCUCUCGCGCAAAAGACAAAGCAUGUGGCAUUCAUUCAAAAGCCAAAAAUGGUGCCCAAGUUGGAAGCAGAGAGUUGUCGAUAGAGUAUGUAUUCCCCAGAUUGAUUACCCAUCACUGCAUCAUCAUAUACCACGCAGCAAUUGGGCAUUCCUUUUUUGUUGCUAAUUUUUCCUUAUCAUUACCCUUCUUUAAGAGUAUGAUGCCAAAUGUAUUGAUGUUAAUUUCUGUAUCAAAAGUCACAAUACUUGAGAGCUGUGUACUGUUGUUUCCAAACUAUUUAUAUAUGCAUAUAUGAACAUUCUUUUAAGUGGCCUUGUGUUAUUUUCUGUGGCUUUUUUGAUUCAUCGCACCUUGCGGUCUGGAUUCAGUACCAUCAGGCUAGAUACAUAGUCUUGUGUUUGCUUUUUUUGUCAUUACCAGUCUCAACAAAGACCCCAUCUAUUU